UCAAGUUCUUUUCAAUUAAAAAUCAUGAGAUUGCUUGCUACGUUGACAAUUUCUGGCUUAUUGUUUAGUGUAACUUUAGGUCAAGGAGAUGAUUCACAAGGAGAUGAAAAAGAACUUACACCACUUGAAAAGAGGGAGAUAAAACAAAUCGAAGCAGAGCAGAAAUUAAGAGGUAUCAUAGGAUCAAUGGGUACAAACCAACAUUAUAAAAUUCCAUCAAGUUUUAAAGACUUUGGGAGACGGUUUGUCCUACAGUAUCCGUAUUAUGAGAAAGAUCUUCCCCUUAACAUCACCGAUGAAUCAAGUUUGGAUAGAGUAGUAAAGCAAUAUUUAGCAAAUAAAAGAAACUCGGAUGACUCGAUUAUACCAGUACAGGCUCCAGAGGAAAUUGUGGUAGCAGUAGCAAAACAGUCAGCGAUAUUUAACGCUCCUACACCACACGAUGACACAAUAGAGAAGAAAAUACUUCGUACUGGGGAUUAUUGGAAUGACGUGUUCAUAGAAGAGGUUGAUCCGAGUAAUAUUUUGAGAACUAAGGAAACGCCUAAAGUUGAUUCACUAAAUCUGGAAUUCUUGCCAGGCUCCAAUUUAUACGAACUGGUGUCAGAGUUAAAGAAAAUCUCACCUAGACUUUUGUAUGUAAUAAAUGACGAUUCAGAAUAAGACCAAAACAGUAUUAUUUAC